GAAGAAGGCGGCGGCUGAGGCGGUUCGCGAGGUUCCAGAGUAGCAGUCGGUGCCGCCAGGUGCCAUGGGCCCGGCUGAGGCGCAUUGAGGGGACGUGGGGCUGGACCAUGGCUGGCGCUCGGGCCGCCGCCGCCGCCUCGGCAGGGUCCUCAGCCUCUUCAGGCAACCCACCGCCUCAGGAGCCGGGGCUCGGGGAGCUGCUAGAAGAGUUCUCCCGGACUCAGUACCGGGCCAAGGACGGCAGCGGGACGAGCGGUUCUAAGGUUGAGCGCAUUGAGAAGAGAUGUCUGGAGCUGUUUGGCCGAGACUACUGUUUCAGCGUGAUUCCAAAUGUGAAUGGGGAUAUCUGUGGUCACUAUCCCCGACACAUCGUGUUCCUGGAGUAUGAGAGUUCUGAGAAGGAGAAAGACACGUUUCAGAGCACUGUGCAAGUGAGCAAGCUGCAAGACCUCAUCAAUCGCAGCAAGAUGGCCAGGUGCAGAGGACGGUUCGUCUGCCCAGUAAUCUUGUUCAAAGGCAAGCACAUUUGCAGGUCAGCCACGCUGGCUGGAUGGGGGGAGCUCUAUGGACGCUCUGGCUACAACUAUUUUUUCUCAGGGGGUGCAGAUGAUGCCUGGGCAGAUGUGGAGGACGUCACAGAAGAGGAUUGUGCUCUUCGAAGUGGGGACAUGCAUCUUUUUGAUAAGGUCAGAGGCUAUGACAUCAGGUUACUUCGGUACUUGUCAGUCAAGUACAUCUGUGAUCUAAUGGUGGAGAACAAGAAGGUGAAAUUUGGUAUGAAUGUAACCUCCUCCGAGAAGGUGGACAAAGCCCAGCGGUAUGCCGACUUCACUCUCCUCUCCAUCCCGUAUCCAGGCUGUGAAUUUUUCAAGGAAUAUAAGGAUCGGGAUUACAUGGCCGAAGGGCUCAUAUUUAACUGGAAGCAGAGUUGGGACCUGGUGCAACAGACACAAAACUACCUGAAAUUGCUGCUCUCCAUAGUCAACAGUGAUGAUGACAGCGGGCUGCUGGUGCACUGUAUCUCAGGCUGGGAUCGGACCCCCCUCUUCAUCUCUCUCCUGCGCCUUUCCUUGUGGGCUGAUGGGCUCAUCCACACGUCUCUGAAGCCUGCUGAGAUCCUCUACCUAACUGUGGCCUAUGACUGGUUCCUCUUUGGGCACAUGUUGGUAGAUCGGCUCAGCAAAGGAGAGGAGAUUUUCUUCUUCUGCUUCAAUUUUUUGAAGCAUAUCACCUCCGAGGAGUUCUCUGCUCUGAAGACUCAGAGGAGGAAGAGUUUGCCAGCCCGGGACGCAGGCUUCACUGUGGAAGACAUCUGCAUGCUGAGACGAAGGGACCGUGGCAGCACCACCAGCCUUGGCAGUGACUUCUCCCUAGUCAUGGAGAGCUCCCCAGGAGCCGCAGGGAGCUUCACCUAUGAGGCCAUGGAGCUGAUUCCAGCAGGAGCACAGACUCAGGCAGCUUGGAGGAAGAAUCACUCGUCCUCUCCACAGAGUGUGCUCUGGAACCGGCCACAGCCCUCCGAGGACCGCCUGCCUUCCCACCCGGGGCUGGUUGAAGCCAAGUCUUCCAGCUCCUCAUCUUCAAACCAUUCUGACAACUUCUUCAGGAUGGGUAGCAGUCCGCUGGAAGUCCCCAAACCCAGAUCAGUGGACCAUCCCCUGCCCGGAUCCUCUCUCUCCACAGACUUUGGCAGCUGGCAGAUGGUAACGGGCUGUGGCAGUAUUCAGGAACGGGCUGUCCUGCACACAGACUCCUCUCUCCCUUUCAGCUUCCCGGAUGAGCUCCCUAACAGUUGUCUGCUUGCAGCUCUGAGUGCCCGGGAGACGCGGCUGCAGGAGGUGCGUUCAGCCUUCUUGGCCGCAUACAGCAGCACAGUGGGGCUUCGGGCAGCAGCCCCCAGUCCCUCUGGGGCCAUUGGGGGCCUGCUGGAACAGUUUGCCCGUGGUGUGGGACUGCGGGGCACCAGCACCAACACCCUGUGAAGCAGCCAGCCCACACGUUUCCUGCUCCUCUCUCAGCUGAGCCCUUAGUGGAAUCAAAGCCAUGCCUGGCCAAGGGGUCCUGUGAGGUUGGGAGAAAAUCUCACACCCCCUCUCCAUCACAUGCACAGCAGUCCCAAAACUGAGCAGGGCCAAGGACAGGGUUUUCCAGCUCUCAGCUACCUGACAUGACCACCACCCCAUCUAGUCACUGCCUCCCACCCACCGGGUCUUGGCCAGAAUUCCCAUCAACUCUCGGAACUGCGUGGGUCUCCCUGGGGCCUGUGGAGGCCAUGACUUCAUAGGGGAUACCACCCUAAGUUGUCCCCUGGGGAGGAGGGGCCACCUGCACUGAGAAUGAGGCUGUUUGACACAGAUCACAAAAUAAAAUCAGAGUCUUUGAACAGCCCUUGUCUUGCAUCCUCUUCCRGUUGCUCUCUUUGUAGAGUUGUUGGGAAUGUUCUCAGUGUAGAGAAACACCUCAUGUAGAAUGGAGGGGGGCCAGGUGGARAAAGAGGGGAACUAAAAACUUGGAUGUACCCUUAAAUCAUCUUUUUUAACCAAGUUAAAUGACAGUUUAAUGGCUAUGAUAACAGGCUAUGCCUGUAACAGCGCUGACAACAAGAUCAGCAAGUGACUAGUCUUCCCUCACUUGUAGC